GAGAGCUAAACUUACUCGCGGAAUGGAACUUUGUCAACUUCUUCACUAAAUUGGGUUUAGUAGCUCAAGCAGAUUACAUUUCUCAUAUAUUAUGAGUGUAUAUGGACCAUGAAGUAUCGGUGAACCAAGCAUUGUAGGUUUAGGAAGCGCUACUGUGAUAUAUUGAGUGUUGAUCGCGAUUCAAGUUUCUAUAUAAUUGGUGAGUAUGAAUGGGGUGAUGUCUCGAGGAGGCAUGGGCAACAGCGGGCAUCGCCACCCACCCUCACAGGAAGAACACAAAUACAAGAGCUUCAAGCUGAUUGCUGAUCCUCUCCUUGGACGUGGCAAACAAAAGGUCAUCCGCUAUGAUGGGAUCAUACCGGGGAAGGUGAACCAGCCACUGGUUGAUGUGAGAGAUCCACGCUCGAGGCUCACCAGACUCUGGAAGGACACAGAGCCAGCGGAUCUUCCCGUACCAAAGAUGAAGAUUGAUGCCAACUAUGUAGGGCCACCACCUCCAAGGGAACUCACUUUUGCGAACCUUAACGAUAACAUCCGCGAGGCAUUUCUUGACGACAUGUGUCGUAAGUUUGGCACAGUGGAGGAAAGACAGAUCUUCUACCAUCCGAAGACGCGCAAGCACACGGGCAUCGCCAAGGUGCUCUUCGUGUCGACGAUGUCGGCCCGGGCGUGCAUCGAGAAGCUGAACCACACGCCGGUCAUGGGCAAGGUCAUGAGCGUGUUCGUCGACAACCACGGUAAGGCACGGGAGCUGCUGCUCGCAGAGAUAUGCGGCGAGAAACCGGCGGCCCCGCCGACGACGUCGCCCGCCACCGACGCCAGCAACAAACACCAGCUGCUGCACCCGCACGACCCGCGACGCCGCACCUCCGCCGACGAGGCGCCCCCUACCGACGCGGUGGCGCCUCCGCCACUGCCGAACGUCGAAGACAAGAUCCACACGCUCGCCACGCAGCUGACGCAGUUGAUCGGAGCCGCGCGCAAGAACAAAGGUGGCGCCGGCAACGGUGGCACGUCGGGGUCGGGCGAUUCGUACAGCGAGGCGUUCGCCGAGCCGGAGACGCGCAAGCGCGACGAGCGCGGCGGCGCGCGUGACCGUCGCUACGGCGACCGCUAUGGCGACCGGCGCCACCACCGCGACCACAAGGACCGGCGGCACGACUACAAGGACGGCCGCUACGACCGCGAGCACUGCAGCGGCGGUCGCCAUGGCGACCGUCGCCGCGGCUACGAUCGCGACCGGCGAGAGCACGGCGACGCGAAGUCCGGCCGGCACCGGCACCGCAGCGACCACGACCGGGGCGCCACCAGGGGCCAGACGACGCCGUCGUCGUGCCGACAGCCGAGCGCGGAGCCGGCGACGGUGGAGAGCGAGCGCGCGGUCGCCGCGGCGACGAAGAACCGCGAGUCACGACCUCGACUCGACCUUGACAGCCGCAUCGACGCGCUGCUGAAGACGACGCAGGGUUUCGCGACGCCGCCGGCGCAGGCGGACCACGCCGAUCGCACGCCGACUCAGGACGAGAUCGAGAUGGAGAUCCCAGCGCCUGCGUACAGCCCCAUAGGGGGCGCCUCGCCCGCGACGCCCGGCGCGGCGGAGGCGGCGCCGGCGGCCGUCGGCAACCGCGUGCAGGAGAUCCACAAGAAGGUGCUGGAGCUGCAGCAGAAGGUGGCGCCGGCGGCGGCGGUGGCGGUGGCGACGUCGAGCGCGCAGGGCUUUCCGAUGGGGUUUCCGCCGCAGCUGUGCGGGCAGAUGGGGAUGCAGUUUGCACCGGGCGCCGGAUACUCGGCUGUGGAUCCUGCGUACAUGCACAUGGUGAGGAAUCAACAGAUGCAGAUGAUGAUCCGCAUGGGUCGCUGGCCGCCGGGCGCGAUGCAGAUGCCGUACACGGCCACCGCUACCGGUUACCCGGGCUACGCGAUGACAUCGGCUAGCAGUCAGGUGCCGCCGCCGCAGAUGCCGCCCACCUACAACAGCGAUAUGUUUGCCAGCCAGUACAUGGCCUAUAACUACCUCCCACCGCACACUGCAGAUGGCGCCACUCACAGUCAGGCAGACGACAGCGACGAGGACACGCACGGUAAGACGGUGGACGCGGUCGUCGACAGCUUCGUUCUCGACCUGAAGUCGAUCAUGAAGCGAGAUCUGGGCAAGCGCAUGGUGGAGACGUGCGCGUUCAAGGUGCUGGAGAACUGGUGGGACACUGAGGAGCAGAACGCCAAGACCUACGUGCCGCCGAAUUACAAGGAGGAGCUGCAGAAGAAGCUGGAGGCUCCCCCUGUUGUGCAGAUCUCGCAGGCCGCCGCACCGCCGAAGGAGACGGGGAGCAUCCUGCAGUCGUUCCUCGACUCGGCGCAGCCGUGGAGGUCCGGCGGGAUCGGUUUGGAGUCCGGACUCGGAUUUCGUCUCGGCCUGCGCGCGUCCAUGCCAAAGAUGCCCUCGUUCAAGGUGCGGCGCGCGACGACUGUGGCGUUAGCCGUGAUGGUGAUGGUGAUCGAGAUGGACAUGGAGCUGGAAGAUAAAGACUCGCUUCUCACGUCGCUGUCGGACGCCGAGUCGCAGCAGAUGAGGAAACGCAAGACGAUGAUCUAUACAAGCAGCGAAUCCGAAGAUGAGGCGGGGACCGAGGCGCGGAAGAUCGCCGCCAACGAAAAGGAGGACGAGGAGGAGAGCUCCGCGGAAGAGGAAUCCGAAGCGAGCAGCGAAUACACGAGCAGCUCGUCAGAGGACGAGGAGGAAGAAGAAGAAGAGGAGGAGGAAGAGGAAGCCAGACCGGCCUCCUCGAUGUCGGAUGCCGAGGGGGAUGCUGUGCGAGAGGAGGAGGCAGAGGAGGAGGAGGAGGAGCAGGAGAGAGAGGUUGUCGACUUGAAGGAGGAGCAGGCGAAGAAGCAGGAGAUCGUGAAGAAGCUGUUCCGGAUGAAGAAGGAGAAGGAGGAGACGGCGGCGCAGGGAUCCGAGACGGAGACGGGAGAGGAGGAGAUGGAGACGGAGCUGGUAGACGGCAAACUAAUAAACAAGGAGGUGAAGGAGGUCGUGAAAUUGGAAGCGAGUGAAACCAGUAACGAGGCAAGCAUCGACGUCGAGACCAUCGAGACACCGACGACGACGACGACAAAGCCCAGUGGCAAGCGCGACGACUUCAUCGGAGUCUACGAGACCAUCUCCUCGCUCCUGCACAAGGCUCCCUCUCCCGGCGACCCCUCCGUUGCCGGGGGCGACGACGCCUCGUCCCCGAUGCUCGUCGACCACUGCUACAGCCUCCCGCCGAGCAACCGCCCCGCCGAGAAGCCGGGGCGCCCCCUGGCGAGCAUCGAGAAUCGGCCGCUGCUCGACCACGACUACCUUCUCGGCGGGAGAGAUGAGGACACGAUCAGCUCGGCGAUCGACUCCGUGCUCGGAGCGCCCCCUGCCGACGCCGCCGUCGCGAAGCCGCCGCGCUCGCGGAAGCGCCCCCUGCCGGUCCCCGUCGUGCCGGCGAAACCUGCCCUGCCGGUGCGGCGGAGGCCGACGCUGGCGCCGCGCAACCAGUUCGACGAGUGGCGCAACCUGUACGAGCUUCUGAACUCGGGGGUCGACGCGGAGGACGUCGCCUACCUGCGUCGCGGCUACGAGGCGAUGAUGGCGGUGGCCGCGCCGGACGAGCCGGACUGGCUCAGCUACACGGUGUGGGUGGAGCACUGCGCGACGGUGACGCCGGCGACGACGACGAAGAGGAGGCGGCGUGGCGCGGAGGAGGCGGCGGCGGCGCACGCGACCGGGGCGGCGAGGACGCAGGGGUUCUAUCGGCCCACGUCGGCCCAGAAGGCGUUGUACAUGUACGCGUCGAAGGUUGCCAUGCAGGCGUACAUGCUGGGUCAGACAAACCCCAACUACAUGAAGAGGUAUUUCACUGUCUAUACCAAUGAUCAGUAG